AUGUCUAACAACUAUUGGGUCAACGAUUCACAGCAGAGUAGGUUGUUUAUAUUUUUUUAAAUUUAUAUAUUUUUUUCUUCGUCUAUGUAGCUUAAAAAUGUUUUUAAAGGUAACUGGUACGAUCAAAGUCAGAACAGCCAGCAAGAUAUGAGCUGGGGAAACUUUGACUAUUCUCAACCACAACAGCCUGCUUCGCAAGGUUGGUUCGAGGGUUCGUCUUAAUUUUUCUCAUUAACCAUUGGUUUUCAGCUACUCAAAAUGAUUAUUACCAAAAUAAUCAAGCAAGUUAUGAUUCAAACAGCUAUUAUGGCGGUCAAAUGUUUAAUCCUGCUUCAGCAGGUAGAAAUCUUUUACAAAUUUUUAAUUCGAUUCUCAUAAAUUUUUGUAUUUUCAGCGACGGCGCCCGGCCAAGUUGAUGGAGAAGAUUAUGAGAAUGAGCCUCCCCUAUUGGAAGAACUUGGAAUCAAUUUUUCUCAUAUCAAACAGAAGGUUUGAGAAAAUAGCGCUGAGAUUGGGAAUUUUUAUACCUUUUUAAUUUUUAGACUUUUGCUGUUCUUAACCCAACAGGGUCAGCUUCCGCAGAAGUGAUAGCAGACCAAGACCUCGCUGGUCCACUUGUAUUCUGCUUAUUAUUUGGUACGGAAUACCUGUGUGUAUAAGAUUUCAUUUUAAAAACCUUCGAGAGUUUGGGUCUGAAACUUCUCCUCGCGAAAUAAAAAUUGAAAAAAUUGAGUUCUUAUUAUUUUGCACUUACAGGAGCGGCUCUUUUGCUGCACGGAAAAAUGUCAUUCGGAUUUAUUUAUGGAAUUGGCGGACUCGGUUGCGUUGGCAUGUACGCUCUGAUGAAUCUUAUGGCAGGUGCGUGAAUAAGAAAUUUUCAUAGAAUGAUGUUCAUUCCAAGGACCUUUCUUCGAAUUAAAUAUGCGUUUUACAGCUGAGAAGAACAUUUCUUUCACUUGCACGGCCUCAGUACUCGGUUAUUGUCUUCUGCCUAUGGCUUUGCUGAGUAUCAUAACGGCUGUUCUUUCCUUCAAGGUGCGGACCUUUUUCGAAGAAUCAAAAUAUAGUCGGUUUUCUAAAAGCCUUUAUUCUAAACAUAUAUCUGAAGGACGUUCCCAUUUUUUUUUCGUAUUAUUUUUCUCAAUCUACAAAGGCUAGCUGUAGUUACUUCAUUUCAUAACUUUCGUGUAACUCAUUUAGAUUAUCCUUAUUUUGAAGCAAACUUUUUUUUUCUGUUUUAAUUGUUUUCAAAGUCCAAAAUAUUUGUUAAGGACAUGUCAAAAAAUAGAAAAUAAAAUGAAAUCUUAUUGAAAACAGGAAUCCACAUCUUGUCCGAUUUUUACCACAAUAUUUGGGAUAAUUUAAUACAUCAAUAACUAUGAUGACUUUUAAAAAGCACUCGAUCGAAACUGGUCUAUCUCCUGUAUGCUCCAAAUAAACUAUACAAGCACGCAAAUUGUCAGGGAAUCGUUGGCUACGUAAUAUCGGGUCUGGCCGUCCUGUGGUGCUCGUCGGCCUCUUCGAAGCUUUUUGUCAUCGCUCUCACCAUGGAUCAUCAACGGCUUCUUGUCGCUUAUCCUUGCGUCCUUCUCUAUUCAGUCUUCGCUCUACUUGCCAUCUUCUUGAUUCCAUUGAUUGUAAGGGUGUACUAAACUUUCUAUAACAUAAUUUAUUCCUAGCUCACAACGUUGCCUUUUUUGACAUUAGAAACGAAGAGAAAUACAUUUCCUGUAAAUUUUGCUGUGUUUUUUACGGUUUGAAUAAAGUGGAGUGGAUAUUCAAAGCUUUUUUGUUGAAAGAAACUUAGAAAGUUUUACAACCCGGGUUAUCUUAAUAUUUAACAUACAAAUCAGAAAUAUUCAUGAGUAAAGGAUGACAAAAAUAUCGGAAAUGGGAGUGAAAGAAGGGGACGAAAGUUGGACGGUGACACCGACUCCGGGAUACGUCCUCAAGUGGAAGGAGGUUGAGAUUACCUGGUUUUCGUUCCGGUAUCUUCGUUUUGAGGUGACUAUGAACGAAGAAAACCUCAAGUGCUUCAUCAAUGUGUGCCAUUGCGCCCAAAUUCCGCCGCCAGUUGAUGAUUUGGACGAAGUUUGGCAUGGUUUCGAAGGUAGUCUUGCUAACUUCAGUGUUCAGGACGAACUGGCAGACAGGCUGGAUAAAGGAGAUACUUCCUACAAGAUUCCACUUUCUAUAGGCGAAAUCGACUGCGUCAAAGACAAGAAAGAUGUCAAUUCCGUGAAGGUUCGAACAAAAAACAAAUUUGAUCCAAAUUUUAUUGUAAAUUUCAAAAAUGAUUCCGUUAAGAUUGACGUGAUUGUGAACACGGAGUUCUUUGUUAGGCGGUUGAGACCCCGCGAGGCUACAUUUUUCCGGCAUUUCUUCGCAGUCGUUGCUUGUGAUUCAAUCAAAAAUAAGGUAUAUACUUCUCCGAAUCCCGAUAGAGAGACUAGUUUUCAGCACAAUUUGGAACUGGACGCUCAGAAGGCUGUGAUGCUGCAGAAUCGGACGUGUAUGGGAGAUCUAGAAACUGUCAAGGUCCGGAAAAGACCCGAACAACGCGUCAUUCAAGAAGUAGAGUCGACGAGCACUUCGUAAAUUUUUAUUUUCUUUUUAUUCGCUCAAUACUCAAUUUUUUUUUUCGAUUUUUGAAAAAAAAUUUAGGAGCUGGGUUUCUACCACUCCCGAAAGCGUAAAUUCCGGUGAAGAAAAUGCCGACCAGGUAAAAAAGAACAUUUUCAUUUUUUCAAUAAAACAUGAUUCCAGCUUUUUUGCUCGAAGAAUCCUGAAGGUGUCCGUAUUCGGCUGUUCAAUGGCACAAGAUUGGAAAUCAGUCUAUCUCUGGAAAGUGUUCAACCGUCUCUUAUUGAUUCGAAACGGUUCGUUUUUCAUUCUAAUACUUUUCUAGACAGUUUUCUAGACCUUCGCCACAUUGAGAAUUAUCAAAACUCUGGUUUUUUUCGAAACAUAAAUAAAAUUUUUUUGUAAAAUAUACUCCAUGCUUGACCUUUUUUUCGGAAGAUUGAUAUUUUUUUAGUACAGCGAUUCAAAUUAAAUCGUUUAUCGAGUUUUUCUUGCGCGUUAAGAUUAAAGCUGAGAAAAAAAUGAGCCUCCAGAAAAUCAAAAUCUUUCAAGCGGGAAAAAUUUCUGAAAAAAAUGCUCAUUUUUCAACUUUGAAAUGAAAAUAUGGGAAUUUGUGCCAGAGAAUCAACUUUUGAGAUAUCGAAAAAGUAAAGUUUCAAAUUAUUGCAGCAGAAAGAUCUUUGAGGCGUCUCAUUUUUUUUUGUUUUUGGCCUUUAUCAAAGGUUUUUAUUAGAUUUUUUUGUUUCGAGUUGAUAUAAUAUGUACGAAUUACCAACAUAUUAUUUUAUCUCUUGAAUAAUUUUAAUAUUAACUUAAGUCGAAAAUAAUUGAAAUUUUUAGUUUUGAACUUCUUUUCUACUUGUAAGACCAUCAUAAUAUAUUUUAAGGUUAAGCCUGAAGCUGACGCCGACGCGUUUGUUGCUGAUUGUCGACAAAAAGCGCUCUCUUUUCGAUUUCUCUUUGCCCUUUAAUGUGGACGUCUCUUCCGUCCGGUCAAAGAUCAACCUCGAAAAGCAACUUUUGUUUGUGUCAGUAAACGUUAGUUUUUCUCGUUAG